AUGACCAUUCCAAUGGGAAUGGCAAAACCCAUCUCCAUAGGAUUAGACAUUCCAUACCUAGAAAAAACCGCCGGAGACGGCGAAACCCAGCUGCCGGAAGCCAUAAUUCUGCAGAUACAGUCCUUCCUCGACGGAAAGGAGAUUGCGCAGACCAGCGUCCUAUCCAAAUCACGUAAUGUCGUCGGCCCGGCGGACGCGUUCGCAGAGUACUCUCGGCGAAAGAUGUGGAGGUACGAAGCCAUCGGCCGGAAGAUGGAGAGCUUGAGCCUGUGGAUGGGCGGCUCGCAAGCGGCCGGCUGA